AGAAGAGAGCUAGCUAGCAGGGACGACCAGGCGGCCCGCUUGGGGGAAGGGAGGCAGCGGCUCAGUGGGCCUCUGGGGUGUAGUAUGUGUCAGUGUCUGUGAGUGUGCGCGUGUUUGUGUGUGCGUGUGUCUGUGUGUGCGUGUGUGUGUGUGUGUCUGGCGGAGGGCCAGGGUGAUUUCCCAUAAACCACAUGCCGCGCCAGCCCGCCCGCUUAAAAGGCUGUGCCGAGGGCUGGCCAGCGAAGCUCGGCCAGGGGAAAGUGAAAGUUUGCCUCGGUGCUCCCGGUGUAGCUGCAGCUCUCUGCAUCCCAGGACAGCGGCGUGGCCCUCGGCCGGGGCGCGGGCUCACCAGCCACCAGCGAGCGAGGGAGCGAGCGAACCAGGGCGGCCAGCACGCCGGGCCGGGACCCAGUUGCCCGUAUGACCGCGCGGGGCGCCGCGGGGCGCUGCCCUUCAUCGACAUGGCUGGGCCCCCGGCUGCUGCUCGUCUGUCUCCUGGUGAGCAGGAGUAUUGCCAAGGAGGUGUCGGAACACUGUAGCCACAUGAUUGGGAACGGACACCUGCAGAUCCUGCAGCAGCUGAUUGACAGUCAAAUGGAGACCUCAUGCCAGAUUGCCUUUGAGUUUGUAGACCAGGAACAGCUGGAUGAUCCUGUUUGCUACCUUAAGAAGGCAUUUUUUUUGGUACAAGACAUAAUGGAGUACACCAUGAGAUUUAAAGACAACACCCCCAAUGCCAAUGCCGCUGAGAGGCUCCAGGAACUCUCUCUGAGACUGAAGAGCUGCUUCACUAAGGACUAUGAAGAGCAGAACAAGUCCUGUGUCCGAACUUUCCAUGAGACUCCUCUCCAGCUGCUGGAGAAGAUCAAGAACGUCUUUAAUGAAACAAAGAAGCUCCUUGAAAAGGACUGGAAUGUUUUUAGCAAGAACUGCAACAACAGCUUUGCUAAGUGCUCCAGCCAAGAUGUGGUGACCAAGCCUGAUUGCAACUGCCUGUACCCUAAAGCCACCCCUAGCAGUGACCUGGCCUCUGCCUCCCCUCACCAGCUCCCUGCCCCCUCCAUGGCCCCUCUGGCUGGCUUGGCUUGGGAGGACUCUCAGAGGACAGAGGGCAACUCCCUUUUACCCAGUGAGCAGCCCCUUCGCACGGAGGACCCAGGCAGUGCCAAGCAGCGACCACCCAGGAGCACCUGCCAGAGCCUCGAGUCAGCAAAGACCCCAAACCAAGAGGAUGGACUCACUGAGGGCUCACAGCCUCAUCUUUCUGCAGGGGUCCCCAGCUCUGGGGUGGAAGCCAGUCUUGAAUCUUCACUGGGCACUAACUGGGUCCUAGAAGAAGGUUCUGGAGAGGCUAGUGAGGGGUUUUUGACCCAGGAAGCAAAGCUUUCCCUCUCCAAGCCUGUAGGAGGCAGCACCCAGGCAGAGACUGGCAGACCCAGUGGCCUCUCAGCACCUUCUCCAUUCCCUAAAUCAACAGAGGACCAACAGCCAUCGGAUGUAACAGAUACCCCACUGGCAGAGGUGAACCCUAUGAGACCCACAGGCCAGGCACUGAAUCAUCCUCCUGAGAAGACGAAGAUGGAUGGUUCAUCUAUGCUGCCUGGAGACCACCAGGAGCCAGGCUCUCCCCACAUUGUGACAUUGAGUCCCCCAGGCCUCAGCAACCCAGCCACCCCUUCCGCUCAGUUGCCGCUUCCCAGAAGCCACUCUUGGGGCAGUGUGCUGCCCCUUAGGGGGCUUGCGGGCAAGAGAAGUACCAGGGAUCGAAGGAGCCCCGCAGAGCUAGAAGGAAGACCAGCAAGAGAGGGGGCAGCCAGACCUGUGGCCCAUUUUAACUUCAUUCCUUUGCCAGACACAGGCCAUGUGGAACAGCAUCUACCCUCUGACCCCCAGAUCCCCGAGUCUGUCUUCCACCUACUGGUGCCGGGCAUCAUCCUAGUCUUGCUGGCUGUCGGGGGCCUCCUGUUCUACAGGUGGAAGCGGAGGAGUCACCGAGAGCCUCAGACAUUGGAUUCUUCUGUGGGGCGACCAGAGGGCAGCCCCCUGACCCAGGAUGAGGACAGACAGGUGGAGCUGCCAGUGUAGAAAGCAUUCUAAGCUGGGCACACAGGACUAUCUCUUUAUGGAAGGAGGCAUUAUGGGAACAUCCACCACCACCCUCUCCUACCAUCUUCCUGGGAACGUGGCCUGCCACUACCAGAGCUCCUGCUACCAAGACUGGAUGAGAGCAGCUUUGAUGGGGUCUUUCCAUCUUAACCCUUAGACUCUCAACUAACUGAGAGAGGGCUGGAGGAUGGCCCCCCACAUGUACUGCCACUAUUUAUUGUGGGCCCUGGAGGCUCCCUGCAUUCGAGGAAGGCUAGCUUGCCAGCUUGCCAGCUCAGGACCCUUUCUGUCAGAGCUGUACCCUCCUCUCAAAGCUAGAAGCUGGCGAGGGACCCACCAGCCUGUGUGACCCAUGGGAGACCAGGGCAGAUGACACGGAAGAGAAGAGCCCUGUGCCCAGGAGACCCAACUGGUGCCAAGGAAUCCCAACAUGGACAGGCAGGGACCUGUUUCCCAAGAGGAGAGCCUGAGAUUCAAAGGGCGGGACAGUAUCUGCCCAAUUUCCCGUAAAGGCAGAAAGGCACAAAGCCCAAAAGAUGGGAAGAGGAGGCCUUUGGCUGCUUGUGCUGACAGCUGAAAGGGGUCUACACCCUCAACUUGCCUAGUGCCCUCUGCUGAUAGCCAGGAAGGAGGGAGAUCAGCCCUGCUCUCAGGACCUGUCUGACCUGGCUCAUGAUGCCAAGAGAAGGACCAAGCUCUAGCUCAUCUCCUUCUGCCCAGAGCCCCUGCAAGAGUUCUUUUGCCCAGCAGAGGCACCCCUCAUGAAGGAAGCCAUUGCACUGUGAAUACUGAACCUGCCUGCUGAACAGCCUGUCUCAUCCACCCCCCCCCCAUAAGCGACCAUCCGUCCGAAUGUUCUCCCACCUCAACCUCUCUCCUCAGCUUCCUGCACUGAGCUGGCCUCACAUGUCGACUGAGGGAGCCCCUAAGCCCUGACCUUCCCCUGCCCCAGCUUUCGAUUAUCCAGGGUGGAGCUGUGGGAGAACUACCUGGGCUGCCAGUCAGAGCUGGUCUUUAGGCUGUGUCCCUUGCCCAGGUUUCUGCAUCUUGCACUUUGACAUUCCCAGGAGGGAAGUGACUAGUGGAAGGGAGAAAGGGAGGGGAGGCAGAGGCAGCAAGGCCACAGGCAUGAAUGAAAAUGGGUCUUGAAAACGUGUGUACCCCUAAGGUUGAGAAUGAUGUCUAUACUCCGUAACCUCAGCUAACCUCCUUCCCCGUGGCCUGCAGCCUCAGCUGAGCAGGUUGUCCUGUCAUGAGCUCUCGGGACUGAGCUACAUGCUCCAGCCCCAGAAGCUUGGCUCUAACACCACCUUCUCCUGGCCUUUUUUCUCCAGAUCUGACCCAAGUAGUGAUACCCUUCCAGUCGCUGCCACCCAACCUUGCCAUCUCUAGCCAAGGAAGCCAGGUCUAGAGAGAGGUCAAGAAAUGGGUUGUCUUACUUCCAAUUCUGCUCUACUUCCUGGGCCAGGCCUUGUCUGUGGCAACAUGGGUGACAGGGCUCUCACUUGUCCCUUGGUCUCUUUAUGCUGCUGUGUCUCCCUUUCCUGCCCUCCCUGGCUACUGGGUCCAUAAUCUUUCAGGCCUUGGUGGGGAGGGGGGGAGAUUGGUCUGUAGGCUCCACCAGCCCUGUCCUGAGACAGCAGGGAAGGACACUGGAGACUUUUAUGUGAGGCUUACUUAGCCUUCUAGUUACAGACUAUUUCCAUGCUAGAAAAAUACGUAUUUUAAAAUAGAAGGAAAAACACAGAGAAGGAAAAAAAAAAAAAAAAAAAAAAAAAGGCAUUCUCUUACCCCUCCACCUUAAACAUAUAUUAUUAAAGACAAAAGAGCAAAUCCAGCCCAUUGCAAGAAGCUCUUUGUGGGUGCCUGGUUACAUCGGAGCCGGAGGAGCCCCAAAUUCACCUUCGGAGCUUCCACUGCACAGGAACCCCUUCUUUCCUCUGAGAAAGUCCAGAGGGAACAUUGCCUCACGAACUGUGAGACUGCGUUUUUUAUACUUGGAAGUGGUGAAUUAUUUUAUAUAAGGUCAUUUAAAUAUCUAUUUAAAAAAUAGGAAGCUGCUUUUAUAUUUAAUAAUAAAAGAAGUGCACAAGCUGCCA